AGCGCCGGGAGCGCGCCCGCUCACUGCCCACAGGUAAAAGCUUUCCUCGGCGGGCUAUUUCCCGCGCACACCGGAGCGAACCAGCCGACUGUCGCUCAUCGACGGAUUUGAAGCAGUCGUGUUCCCCGUUCUUGGAAUGACACCUCGCUGAGCUGCUGUGAUGAGAUCCUCUAUCCUCGGAUCCUUCUGCGCUCUUCUCCUGCUGGUGCGGGAACCUGCGUGCUGUGGGGAUGAGGUGACGUCCGGCACAGUGAACCCAUGCUGCUAUUUGCCGUGUCAGCACUGGGGUGUUUGCGUAUGGUACGCAGAGGACCGCUACGAGUGUGACUGCACCCGCACCGGCUACCAUGGGAAGAACUGCACCAUCCCGGAGUUCUGGCCUCGGGUGCAUGACCUCCUGAAACCCGGGCCGGACACGGUGCACUACAUCCUCACCCACUUCAGCUGGCUCUGGGACAUCAUCAACAGCACCUACCUGCGAGACGUUCUGAUGCGGCUUGUCCUAACAGUGAGGUCCAACUUAAUUCCCAGCCCUCCAACAUACAACUCUAAAUACGGUUACCUCAGCUGGGAAUCCUACUACAACCUGAGCUACUACACUCGGAUUCUUCCGCCAGUCCCGGAAGACUGCCCGACACCUCUGGGUGUCAAAGGUAAAGCUGGACUGCCAGACCCCGAGCUGCUAGUGGAGAAGCUGAUGAAGAGAAGGACAUUCAGGCCCGACCCGCAGGGCUCCAACCUUAUGUUUGCCUUCUUUGCGCAACACUUCACCCACCAGUUUUUCAAGACCUACAACCGCAUGGGCUUAGGCUUCACAAAGGCCCUUGCGCAUGGGGUGGAUGCGGGGCACAUAUACGGUGAUAACCUGGAGCGGCAACUUCAUCUCCGACUUUUGAAAGAUGGGAAAAUGAAGUAUCAGUUGAUUGAUGGCGAGAUGUACCCUCCCUCUGUAGCUGAAGCCCCCAUCAAGAUGAGCUACCCCCCGGGCACGCCCCCCGAGGACCAGUUUGCUAUCGGCCAGGAAGUAUUUGGACUUCUGCCUGGCUUGGGAUUGUACGCAACGCUGUGGUUGAGGGAGCACAACCGAGUGUGUGACAUCUUGAAAGCCGAGCAUCCUAGCUGGGAUGACGAGCAACUGUUCCAGACCACGAGGCUCAUCAUCAUUGGCGAGACCAUCCGGAUAGUGAUCGAAGAAUAUGUGCAGCACCUCAGCGGCUACAUGCUGCAGUUGAAGUUCGACCCCACCCUGCUCUUCCACGCCCAGUUCCAGUACGGGAACCGCAUCGCCCUAGAAUUCAGCCAACUUUACCACUGGCACCCCUUGAUGCCCGACAGCUUCCAUAUCAACGGGGACGAGCUCGCCUACCCGCAGUUCCUCUUCAACACGUCCGUGCUCACCCACUACGGCGUGGACAAGUUGGUAGACGCCUUUUCCCGCCAAGUGGCCGGCCAGGUAGGCGGGGGCUAUAACGUGAACCCUGUGGUGACGCCCGUAGCCGUGAGGACCAUCGAAGAGUCGCGGCACCUCCGCAUGCAGCCCUUCAACGAGUACAGGAAACGUUUUAACCUCAAGCCGUACACUUCCUUUAGAGAGUUCGCAGAUAACGAGGAGAUAGCGCUCACUCUUGAAGAGUUCUACGGCGACAUUGACGCUCUUGAAUUUUACCCUGGCAUGCUGCUGGAGAGGACGCGGCCGGGGGCCAUAUUUGGCGAGAGCAUGGUAGAGAUGGGUGCGCCCUUCUCCCUCAAAGGCCUCCUGGGGAACCCCAUCUGCUCCCCCGAGUACUGGAAGCCCAGUACUUUCGGGGGCCGCGUGGGCUUUGACAUCGUCAACUCGGCCACGCUGAAGAACCUGGUGUGCCUCAAUUCCAGGACGUGUCCUUACGUGGCGUUCCGAGUGCCGCCAGAGGAACAAAGUGUCAGGACGGAUGAGCUGUGACAUGUGGGGCUUUUAUAGUCCCGCCCCCCCCAAAACAAAAGUGAGGUAGACCUGAACACAGGAUCCACAGUGCACCGUCACACAGGCGUGUUAUUUUUUGCAGCCGCACACUUUGAACUUCAGUGAGGAAAUCAGCACAGUGCUGGUCUGCAAACAUACGUAAGUCUGCGUUGAAGGGCUCUCAUAGAGUUUCGAAAAGAAAAGCGGCAAGACGAGUUGUAGACUUGCAGCGGUUCAAAUUGCAUUCAUUAAAAUUGGAGGCGAUUAAAGUCUU